CAUUAACAACUGAUAAAUGACAAAUGGUGGCUGUGGUUGACUCAUUAGAUGUUAUUUUUUCAAGUCUAACUCAAACCAGAAUGAGUAUUCGCAUAAAAGCAUAAUAAAAACAUACGAUCGAAACUUUAAGUAAGAAUUUAAUUGAAAAUAAAAUAAAAAUGCAUCGGCGUCGAGCACCGAACUUUACGUAUGUGAGCGGUUGUGUAAAAUACAUGAUUUUUGUGAUAAACUUCUUAUUUUGGUUGGUAGGCGGAUUGCUGAUCGGAAUCGGGCUAUAUUCAUUUAUUGACAAAUGGCAAGCCACUGGACUUAUAAAGCUCAACUCACUGUAUGAUUUUAUUCUGAAUAUAAGCUUACUGAUAGCUCUGAUUGGCGGGGUUGUCUUCAUAGUUAGUUUUGCUGGAUGCGUUGGAGCAUUGAGAGAGAACACUUGUCUGUUGAAAUUUUAUUCCCUGUGUCUGCUGAUUCUGUUCCUGGUGGAGAUGGGCGGGGCUGUAUGCGGGUUCGUGUUCCCGCGCUCGCUGCAAGGCUUCUUGGAGCUGAGCUUCAAGGAACACGUGGUCCACGCGUACCGGGACGACACCGACCUGCAGAACUUCAUCGAUUUCGCUCAGCGAGAUUUCCAUUGCUGCGGCAUCACUUCGGACGGCUACAUGGACUGGGCCAAGAACGAGUACUUCAACUGCUCGUCGCCGUCGGUCGAGAGGUGCGGGGUUCCGUUCUCGUGCUGCAUCAACGCGACCGACAUAUCGUCGGGGCUGGUCAAUAUCAUGUGCGGCUAUGGAGUGCAAAAUUAUCCGGUAGCGGAGGCUAGUAAGCGCAUAUGGACCAGUGGCUGCCUGGAGAUAGUGCGGUCGUGGUCCGAGCGCAACCUGUACACCAUCGCCACGGUCGCGCUGGGGGGCGCGCUCAUGCAGCUCUUCGUUAUAUACCUCGCCAAGACCCUGGAGGGACAGAUAGAGCUGCAAAAAGCAAGAUGGCAAACAUGAAACAGGGGUAUGAUGUGCGCUUACCGCGAGGACGGUCGGCGCGCCUGCCUCUAGCCGGGACUCGAACCCGCGGCCCCCGCACACACCGCCGAGCUCUCUACACCGGACGCGUACUGAAACAAUCGCGAACUUUCUUAAAUACCGAAUCCAAGACAUUUGUGGUGAAAGUUCUAUUUUAAUUAUAACCGUAGUUGUAGUUAGUAGGUUAUUUAAAUACGUAGAGCCAACCCUAACUCGGAUCCUGAAUACUGCCAUUUAAACUUGCUAGUAGGGAAGUUUAGAAACUAAAAAUAAUAAUUGAAUAUGCAAUUUCGAAAAGGGCACAUCUCUGAAAAUGUAAAAUUUUCAGGAAAUGAAAAAAAAAAACUGAUUAUUUUCUAAAGCAGUGUAAAAUUUAAAAUAUUAACUUUUGAGAUAUAUUUUAGUGUUAAUUAGCAAUUGAAAAUUAACUGGAUAUAUUAUAAAAUGGGUGUAGGUAAGCCUCAAAACUACAUGUAUAUGAAAAAAUGUAUUUGACAAAAUAUGCGACAUGUGCCCUUUUCGAAAUUGCAUAUUCAAUUAAAAACAUUAUUUAGAAAAUCGAACUAAACUAAAAUAUUAUUUGUACUUUUUUCGGAAUCUCGUGACUCUAUUUACGAUAUUAGGCCUAUGAGCUUAGUGAGAGUUUUUUAACGUUCUCGAUAGAGUAAAAGUUAACUCAAAUUUGUAUGGAGUUGGAACAGCGCCCCUAGCGGCAAACGUAGGCAAACGUUCCAAUUCGAUACUAAUUUGAGUUAACUUUUACGCUAUCGUAGAUUGAAGAAAUCGGGGGCCCACAGACAUCUACAAAGUUAAUGUACCACCCAUCUUGAGAUAUCAGUUCUAAGGUCUUAAGUAUAGUUACAACGGCUGCCCCGCCCUUCAAACCGCAACGCAUUACUGCUUCACGACAGAAAUAGGCAGGUCGUACCUACCCGCGCGGACUCACAAGAGGUCCUACCAGUAAUUAGGGAAGCACUCCCCCUUAACCCGGGUCGGAUAUCCGGCUUCUACGAGCAUGCCCCCACCCUGUCCCCCGGGCUGUCCGCCACACUCACUCAAACUUGUUUUAUACUUCUUUAUUUUUUGGCUCCGGCACGGUUUGUGCAUUGGCCAGCGUCAAGUAAUAAGAUUUUUAUAGUUCGCCGUUUUGAUUAUUUACAAUUUAUGAAUAAUAAAAAAAAAAACGAAGGAAACUAAUCGCGACAUUAACAUAAAUGAUUAAAAACGAAUUAAACUUACAAAUGAGAUGAUAUGUGAUGAAAUAUAAUCUCAGUAAAAUGGUGGUCAUUUACUGACUGAGAGUUUUUCGGUGACUUUUUUUGGAGGAUCCCGAGAAGUUACGUCCAGCGGCUUUGUUUCAUUUUCCCACAAAAUUAUGCAUUUUCACAGAUACUAAACAGUUAAUAAACCACCGUUAUUACACAUUUAAACCAAGAAGAAACACUAAAUAGACAAAAUAAAACAAAUCACAUAACUUCACUCCUCGUGUUCCCGCUAAAAAGUCUUCACACUUCAUACGUCAGACGAUAUCGUCGCUUCUCAAACUUGACUGUCACUAAUGAAUAUUAUGUAUUAGUUCGAGUUCCCCGAAUUCAAUAAAACGGUAUUCGUAUCGAUCUAAAUUAAGUCGUAAAUGUUCUGAUACUAUGCGGGGGCGCGGAACGUGGCAGUCCUCAUCCUUUUAAAAAUUUUUUCUUGAAAAAGAAAAUUGGGAAAUUAUCAAAUUUAAUAACGCAAAAGACUGAUUCGUAUAUUAUGUAAAGCAAAAAAAAAAGAAGCAUAAAUUCCAAAUUUUUUUUUUUCUUUCUAUUAUUUAGUAAAAUAUUUACCAAAAUAUUAUUGUUCAAAGAAACUUUACUUCUUAAUGUUUAAUUACAUUCCAUCGCUCAAUUAUACAAAUUUUAUAUUUACAUUUUUUAAAGUAUUUGGCAUUAAUUGCUCAAUUUUUUUUUUUCUCUUCAAAAUGUUUUAAAGAUUAAAUAUAAAUCAAGUUAAAUAAUAACGGUGAGAAAGAAUUCAUGGAAGCUUCUAGUACAAGCAAUCGGAGACCAACAAAUCUGUUAAAGGAUAAAACUGAACGCGUUAACGUUUUUAAUCAAAUUAAAACAAUCACUAUAUAUAUAUGUUACCGGAAAUGUAUGAAAUCAAGGAAUUGUAUACAAAUCCUAGGAAAUGUGUACAAUUCCGAUACUAUUUAGGAAAUGUAUAAAAUAUUGUUUGAAAAACUAUUUAAUGCAUACAUAUCCUAGGAAAUGUAUAAAUUUCCUCGGAAUUGUAUAUAAUUCCAAUAUCGUAUUAGGAAAUGUAUAAAGUAAAUGCUUUCUGAAAUAAAACAAGUUGUUAAUAAAAAAAAUUUAUUAUAAUACUUAUUGAGACAAUCGGGUAACAGUCAUACCGUAAAAUAAGAAUAAUAUAUUCAUAUUAUCUUACUAAUUAAAACUUCUAAAAUCAACUAUCUAUUAACUUUUAACGUAUCACAAAAUCAACUUAUAUUUAUUCUUAUAAAAUCAAAUUUUCAUUUGGCAAGUAAUGAGUCUGAUAAUGAAGUAAUUAUAAAUGUCAAAGUAUAAAAGUAAAUCUUUAUAUUAUAAUACUUUGUCAGUCCAUAUAGCUAUUUAUUGAUGUGCCUUUGGAAAACAUACAGCAUUGUAUUAUGAAGAAGCAGUGUGUACUUAGCUUAAAUUCCUUGUCUAUGUCCAACCAUAGACAGUCAAUUUAGUUCCAUCUUUAGCCGCUAGGUGCUGCCAGCAAGUAUAAAGGGAGCGCAGCCAUCUUUGAUCUCCAUAGCGUUGUGUACUUUCGUACUGUGAAGUCGCAAGUCCACAAAUAUUUAUUCGACUUCUUAUUAAUUGCAAAAAAUAUUUAUUUUGUGUUUCUAUGAGUGUUAUUUUGCAAUCAUUACGAGUAUUAUUUACCAAUCCUAUCAUCGGACGCCAUGAAUCACGCGUCAUCUGUUGGAGGUGAUGUUGAGUCAAGCUCCAUAAUUUCCGAGAGGGAAGAUGUCCAGGCGAGACGCGAUGGAGACGCCUCGCGUUCGAACAGCUCGUCGAGCGAAAAAGAACAAAAGGAGUCUCUGCGUAAGAAACGACGGGAUUCAAAGGUAACGGUUGAUCUUCGAAUCGGCUUGUUAUCCCACCAGGUCAGUGACGUUGUAAAUCUAAUAAUGCAUCAACUGUGUGUAACAAUUGAAUGUAACGAAAAUUGUUGUAAACAAAUUGAUCUCGUCAAUACGGAAAUUUUGACAAAAACACAACAGAUUUAAACUAAUAAUCUUUGUAACAUAAUUACUGAAAACUUUGACAAAUCGUCUCCGUCGUACAAGUUACCCGUAAAAAGCGUUUUAAAUUGUAUACGGAAAAAAGGGCCGUAUGUAUAGAAAUAAGACGUCAAAGUUUAAUUUCCGUGGUCUCUAACAAAGUAUCCUGUUGCCAACGCACCAUUCAUUGAGGAAUUUUUGUUUGAUAAUACUAAAUUGAAAUCUAUUCAGUCCCUCGGAGGGCUACAAUCCUAUUUGUCACGAUCUCGUACAAAAGGUAAGCCAAACAUUAUAAACAAUCAUAGUCCGUAACAUCUGGCACAAUCCAGAGGGGGGCAAUUGAUGACACCGACGGGAGGCACUGAGUGCCACCAAAAUUGUAAUAAUUUGUAAACCAUGUAUGGUUACCAAAUACCGUAAAAACUACCUUUUUCUGCGGAAGAAAAGCGACGGAUCAAUGCGUCCAAUUUUCGAUCUUCGAGAGUUGAACAAGGUCGUAAAGAUAAAACACCUAACUGUUUUCGGACACCUAGGUACCAAACUUUCUCCACCCAGGGGACUGGAUGAUAGAAUUGAACAUUUCUCAGGAAUAUUUUUCUAGUAUCAGUCGCAAAAUUUCGUCGAUACUUCUUGAGGAUCAGUACCAAGGUACCAGUAUCAGUACCUCCAGGAAGGAAUCGGUACCUUCUUAUGAGUUAGUAUGAAAUGACAUGCCUACCCUUCGGUCUGGCUUCAGAGCCACACCUUUUUGCUUCUAUAACAUGCGGGUCGCAGAGACCUUGCGUGCAAAGGGAACUCGAGUGCUAGUGUCUACUAGACGACUUCCUUUUUGGUCGACCAAGACAAAUCCAAGUUGAAACUUCAGGCUGCAGAAGCUGUGAAGCUUUUGGAUUAACCUUUUUUGCUUCCAUAACAUGCUGGGUCGCAGAGACCUUGCGUGCAAAAGGAACUCGAGUGCUAGUCUACCUAGACGACUUCCUUUUGGUCGACCAAAACAAAUUCAAGUUGAAACUUCAGGCUGCAGAAGCUGUGAAGGUUUUGGAUUAUCUGGGCUGGCAUGUCAAUUUCCAUUAUAUAGGGUGCUCGGUCGCUCGGUCGCUCGGUCGCGGAGAUAUUGCGUGCAAAGUCGAGUGCUAGCUUACCUACACGACUUAAUCUUGUUUCACCAAGACAAAUAAACGUUUUUGUUCCCAUAGCAUGCUCGGUCGCGGAGACCUUGCGUACAUAGGGAAGUCAAAUGUUAACGUACCUACGCGACUUUCUCUUGGUCCUUGAAGACAAAUACACCUUUUUGCUUCCACAGCAUGCUCGGUCGCGAAGGCAUUGCGUGCAAAAUCGAAGUGCUAGCUUACUUACACGACAUGAUCUUGUUUCACCAAGACAAAUAAACGUUUUUGCUCCCAUAGCAUGCUCGGUCGCGAAGACCUUACGUACAUAGGGAAGUCAAAUGUUAACCUACCUACGCGACUUUUUCUUGGUCCAUGAAGACAAAUACACCUUUUUUGCUUGCAUAGCAUGCUCGGUCGCGGAAACAUUGCGUGCAAAGGGAUGUUGAGUGUUAUCCCACCUACGCAAAUCCCACCAGGUCCAUCAAAAGAAGUCCAAGUUGAGUCUUCAGGCCACAUAAGAUGUAAAGCUCUUGGAUUAUUUGGGCUGCCAAGUCAGCCUUACAAAAAAUCAAUUAGUACACUGGUUCAAGAGAUGACAUGUCUAGGGAUUCGAUGGAAAAUUGCGAGAAAUGAAGUGGCCACUCAACAACAUCCUAGCUCAAACUCUGACGGAAUUACAUCAAUCUAUGCUAACUUGCAAAUUUUCUUGCGAAGUUUCAAGAAAAGGGGUAAAAAACAGGCCAUCCUGCAUGUUAAAUGCAGUGCUGACGCGGAGCCACAUGUUAGACAUUGCCGAUACACAAAACCAACCAUUUCCUGGCAACGGAAGCUUCGGACAUGUGUAGGGGUUAUAAAUGCAGUGCUGACGCGGAGCCACAUGUCAAACAUUGCCGAGACCCAAAACCAACCAUUUCCUGGCAACGGAAGCUUCGGACAUGGGUAGGGGUUACAAUUAGACAAAAUAUUAACGUCCUGUCUAUGGUCAGCUCAACAACAGAAACGGCUCACCCACAAAAGAGCUAUUUGCAAUGGUAGUGACAAUCAAAAUGAAUCUGAAAGUAUUUCACUAACGUUGACCUUUCGAUUUUUAAACCUAAGCGAUAAGUUCAAGAUAACUGUCAGCUUAUAAUCUCUCGGGGAGAUACAACAUCAUAGCCGACAGGCUAUCACGAGGAAAUCAACCUGCGAAAUGGCACUUUUUACCACAAGUGACCACAAAAGUUUUUUCGAAAGUGGGGUCAUCCGGAUAUAAACCCAUUCGCCGACCAAGAUUGGAUACCUUCAGCAGACCGUAGAGGAUGCAACUAGCAUGGAGAAUUCCUCCUCUCAACCUUCUCCCCAAAGUACUGACUCACUUCAACAGUGUCUAGGGAACCUACCUGGUAGUGUUCCCAGACUGAGCGAAAGCAUUUGGGUUUCAAAGCCCUCAGAUCCCGAACGCUAGAUAACUCGCACGAAAUCCAAAACCUGCCUCCUCCACAGGUUAAACAUUAACCCUGAAAGCUUAGAAAGGGGGGGGGGGGGGGGAGGUUGUACAAAUAAUAGACUGGUCUAAACAGGAGAAGAUUUAUUGAAAAUUAGCUGGUGUCAAUCCACUUUGUCAGCAUACUUACCAGCAACUAGAAAAUUUUGCCUAUAAAACAAUCCUUCUGCAUCAUAAAGCAGCGCUGUCGACUUUCUGUGGGCGAAAUACAUGUAGGACAGCAAACAUUCUCAAGCUCUCUAAUAAAAAUUGCUAUUUUAAAAAAGCCAUCGGAAUAGCUAAACAAAAUUCAACUACUUAUUACAAUUUUACUAAGUGUAGUCCCAUUCACAUGAGAUCCGAGAAUAGUUCUAAACUGGUUUUCUUCAAACCCAGCCACCACAUCACGCCUUAAUGUAGCUUGAAGGACACCAACAACCAUGUUGCUGGCUACUGGACGCAGAGUUAAUGACCUUACUUUGCUCAACAUUUCUAAAGACAGUUUCUUUGAUAACAGAGAAAAACAUCUUUCUGAUACCAGUCUUUGGGUCUAAAAUUGAAAUCCAUUUUCGUCAAUAAUCUGCAUAAGUGCUUUCUAAACAUGAAACUAAAGACAUGCCCGGUAAGAUUCGUAAGGACUUUUUUCUAACUAUGUGUGUUGUCACAAAAGCGGCAUCCCGUACUGUAAUUGGAAACUGGUCUUCGUUCAACCUUACGAGGUAAUGGCAUCAACGCAUCUCUAAGAAGUUGUAGAUGAGCAGUAGCCUCUGAGAUGGAUUGAUAAUGAACCAAUGGACGAAAUACUUUCUAGAGGCAAUUGCAAAUCAUCCAAACGUUUACAAUAAUUAUUGCCGAAUAAUAGAGCUUCGUAAAGAUCCUCACGAUUCUUUUUUUCAACACAUUUACUCUUACAUGAUGUAUAUACAUCAUUUAUACAAUUUACACAUUUUCUUGUAUUUACAAGAUAAAAUGUUUAUUACAAACUUAUAAAUAUUUUUUUAUUAUUGAAUUAACAUGAAAGUUAACAGCUGUGUUUUUUCGAUUUAAUAAUUAUAUAAAUUAUGAACAUUAUCUUUGCGCUUCAUAAUUUUAUUAUGGCUUUACCUAUUUCAUCAUAGCGUUGUGCUUAAUAAUUUCACCAGCAGAUAACAAACACGUCUUCAUAAUACAAUGCUGUAUGUUUUCCAAAGGCACAUCAAUAUUACGGUUUUACAUAACAAUAAAACCGAUAUUAUGUGCCGAGAAGGAAAACAUACAGCAUUGCAGGAAGUUCUUCCUGGUGAAGACUAUGAAGAUCAAAGAUGGCUGCGCUCCCUUUAUACUUGCUGGCAGCACCUAGCGGCUAAAGAUGGAACUAAAUUGACUGUCUAUGGUUGGACAUAGUCAAGGAAUUUAAGCUAAGUACACACUGCUUCUUCAUAAUACAAUGCUGUAUGUUUUCCUUCUCGGCACAUAAUAUCGGUUUUAUUGUUAUGUAAAACCGUAAUAUUUUUGCAGGGUAAGCUCGAAUGGCAUUUGGAAGUACAUAAUACUUUAUUUUUAAAACACAGACAUCUUGAUGUAGCACAGUUUUUCUUGCAAAGGCACUUCUUAAAUCCCUGGCCGGUUCCAGUGGAUUGCAAGUUGGCAACUGACCGUAAUGCAAGACUCGUCCCGCUGUCCCCGCGUACCCACCAAUAUCUUAAAUGUUUUACAUUUCCGAUUGCUAUUUAGGAAAUGUAUAGAUUUCCUAGGAAAUGUGUAAUGUGUAAGUAUAAUAUAAUUUAUUUCACACAUUUCCGUGCGAUUUUAGGAAUUACAUACAUUUCCUAGGAAUUGUAUACAAUGACGGAUUACAUACAUUUCCGUUAACAUAUACAUAUAUACGGGCCGCUCCGGCUCCGGGCUUUAACAAAAAUUUCAACGAUAUUUGACGUUGUUUUUUUUUUUUUAUUAAAAGUACACUUAUUGCGGCAUUAGUAUAAUAGUUAGACAUAUGCUGUCGCGACACUCUUUGUAAAUAGUAAUGUGUUCUAUAAAGUCAUAGUACAUUAUUUUAUUCUAUCAUCAAUAGUUUUCGCAGGGCACACGAUGUAAAGAAUAUUUUAGGUAUUUUUUUUACAUCUUGGGUUACAUUUUUAGAGUUUUAGUAAGGAUCCCUAAAUUUUUUCAAAAAAGUUUAUAGCCUAUGUCACUCGGGAAUAGUGUAGCUUCCAAACCGUGAAAGAAUUUUUCAAAUCGGCUCAGUAGUUUCGGAGCCUAUUCAAUACAAACAAACAAACAAAUCUUUCCUCUUUAUAAUAUUAGUAUAUAUAUAUAUUUAUAUAUAUAUAUAUUUUUAUUGAUGAAAUACAUAAAAAUUAAUAAUAUGUAACAGAUUAUAUCUUCUGUAUGGUAAGCUGAACGCGAAUCAGAGCUAGUUUUUGUUUGCGAUUAUAUUUAAGGCGGUUGGCAUGGAGUUUCUUUGCUCCAAAUGACGUCACAUGUGGUCAUACGUUCACAUUUUUUUCUUUUUCAAAACUUGGAACUAGCUAAGUUUUAUUUGGCCUGGUUAUUAAUUAUAUCUUAAUGUAUUAUCUUGACUAAAGCAUAGAAUCGCAUUCCGAAAACAGAAUGUUCCCUAUAAUGCAUUAGAAGGUAGCUGAUCAACGUAAAUGCGAUCUUAUUGCCCUGCCGUUAAGAUUUAUUUUCCCGAUUGAAACUCGUUUGUUGAUGCGAUCCUCAACCAGCUUAAACUAACGAAUGUAAUAUGUAACGGUUUUAAUGAAAUGAAAAUGCUGAGUCGCGCUCUCGUCUUGGGCACAGUGCAAUUUUGUAAAUAACAUCCUAGGAUUAAGUUCUCUUAUGUAUCUCUAGUAGCGAUGGACCUUAAAGCGAUUUCGUGUUAAUCAUCAUCAUUCUUCUGCCCUUCUCCCAGUCAUCUGGGGACAGCGAAUUUAGCAGGAAUACAACAUAUACGCAUGUGUAAUUAGAUGAUUAAAAUCGUGUAUUAUUUUCCCGUUGAGCUAACGUACUUAUUCUAUGAAAUACAUUAAAAUCCUCUACGCGGGUAGUCUCUUGUUCAACCCGUGUCCACCCAAUGCUGAGUGUAGGUCUCUCCGAAUUCACUCCAUUCUCUUUCGGUCUCUUGCUUUUCGCAUCCAGUCCUUACCAACCACUUGGACCAGGUCAUCGGUCUACCUCUACGGCUGUCUGCCCACGUUACAACGACCAGUGCAAGGUUUCCACACCAGUAUUUUUGUGCCCCACCGAUUGUCAGUGCGACGGCAUUUAUGGCCGACCCACUUCCACUUUUCCGAGCAAUCACUUUGGCUAUGUCGGUCAAACCAGUUCUUCGGAUUUCGGUGUUGCGUACCCUAUACCUUAGAGAAAUGCCUAACAUAGCCCAUUCCAUAUUAUCUAGAACCGCUGAGUUCAUCGACAAUGCGUUUCCAGAGGUGUUUUUUGCCACGUACCAUACGGUUAUGGAAUGAGCUCCCCUCCACGGUGAUUCCCGAGCGCUAUGAAAUCUCCUUCUUCAAACGAGGCUUGUGGAGAGUAUUAAGCGGUAGGCAGCGGCUUGACUCUGCUCCUGGCAUUGCUGAAGUUCAUAGGCGGCGAUAACCACUCACCAUCAGUUGGGCUAUAUGCUCGUCUGCCUACAAGGGCAAUAAAAAAAUUCUCGCUUACGACAUUUUUAAGAUAAGCUCGCAUAUAUACAAGUUCCGAACAACAACAUUCGGACCGUCGGUCUAACGAGCAAUAUCACCCGCUCGGUGGAAGAUCUUCCUUUCGUCGUCUAAGCCUUCAAUGGUUUUAUGCGUGACUUGCAUUUCGAUCAUAAUUUGCUUUGUGAUCGACCAUGUUUCGGCCUCAUACACCAUCACAGGGAGAACACAUUGCUCGAAUAUCCGACGCUUCAAUUUCAUAGGUAUACUAGCUGUACCUGUCCGCUUCGCUGGGCAUAUAAAAUUAACAUUAUUAUUUCUCACCCCCACAAAGAUUCUCAUCAUUAACGCCCCCGCAACUGCUGUAGGGAGUCCAACACUCAUAUAAACAUUAGCCUAUCCAUUAAGUACAUGUAUUUUCUACAUGGAUACCAAGUUUCAAGUCAAUUGGAAUGCACGGUUCAGUAGUUAUAACGGAACAUCCGUAAAACCACUCUAGAUUUAUAUAAUAGUGUAGAUACCCUUUAUUAUGUCAGCCAGCUUACCGAAAGUAGCCCGUCCUAGCUGUGUGCGGCUCUUUAUCUUCCGUUCCUGGCUGGUUCUAUCGAGACUGAUGUUCUGCCCUAAAUAAAAAGGCUCUAUUGUUUGGCCUCUAACUUGAAUGUGAUCCACUCCAUCACCACAGUACAUAAUUUUGGUUUUGGAGAUGUUCGUAUUAAGGCCAAUAACGCCAGUAGUGUUACUGAUUAAAUACUACCCGUAUUCCAACUAAAUUCUUUUAGGUUUUUUUUUGUGAUUCGUAAACACGAAGCAAACAAGACGGUGCGUCUAUUCGACGCUGUCGUAAAUGCCCGUAUGCAAUAUUAACGUUCGAAGCGUAGCCAAAAUAAUAUUUCGUAUGUCACUUAAGACGUAGUGUACGCCUGUAAAUAUAUAUUAGAAAAAGAAAAAAGAAAAACCAAAUUGUAAAAAAAAAAAACAAAGAAAAACAAACCCAAAGUUUGUAUCGUUCUUUAAUCUUAAGAUCGUGUAUUAUAAUACUAAAUUCGAAAUACAUUAUUAGUGUUUAUAAAUCGAUGCCUCCAAUGAACAGUACUCUAACUCCAAAUUCGUAGGUUUACAGGAGGAGAGUUUAAACGAAAAAAGUUGAUAAAUAUAACUGCAAUAAUAAAGAUUUUAUGGUUUUUUCUUGUGUAACUAGCUGAUUUACUCUUGCUUCGAACCCCAUUAAUAAUGAAUUUGUAAUACUCUUAAAAUAUUGAAGCGAUUUGCGUGAAAAACGAAAAUUUCAAAAUUUUGAGUUACAGUGGUGUUCAUUGGAGGCAUUGAAAUGUUUCUAGGAAAAUAUUUACGAUUUUUAUCUUUCGCAUACAGUAAAGAUUAAUUGAAGACCCUACUUCCAAUCAUUUGUCCUUUAAAAAUGAAACUGGAAAGAAACGUCAAUAGAAAAUAGAGAUAGAAAAAAAAAGCGAUUUGACGGUAGUCACAAAAACACCUCGGUUGUCCGUGAACACGAAAACUGAAGUACUCCUUACGACGUAAACAAUAAAACUCAAAAUGAUAUUUAUCUAACAAAAUAAAUUAACGCCAUAUAAUUAAUUACUCAAGACGCAUUUUUAAAUAAUAGAUUUAAUGUAUCUUUAUACUCGGUUAUAUUUACCCCCUCCCUCCGUAUAUAGGAAUAAUUAUAUCUAAUAGAUUUUCAAUGUUGCACUAGCAGAAGAGUCAUAUCUGAAUUAAGAAGUUAACGAUAACUAAGAAUAGUGCUCAUUUAAAAGAUACAGUGCUCGGCGAUAAAUCUUACACAUCGACUCUUAAAAAGAGACAAUCGGCUAAUUUCGGCUUCGUAGAGCGCUAUCUCUGUCGCACACUACGUGACGUAUAUGAGUCGUUGUCUUACCGUAGACCCUAAUAGACAUCAUACUGAUUGUGUUCGUUAGCCGAAUCCGAAUGUCUCUUAUUCAUCGAGUACUAAUUAAGACAUGUCGGAUUUAUCAGACCGAUCCGAUCGCGCCAUAUCAUUGUGUCUUCAACCACAAUGAUAGUGAUACAAAAGGUGAAUAUUGAAAUUUGCCAAAAUUAUUAGAAUACAUUAUUCAAAAAAUAGCAUUAAAACAUUUUAGUGGCCAUAUUUAUCCUGAUAUAACAUUCAGGAUUCUAUAAGUCGAGACUUAAGAAGCAUAAGGUCGGUUAAGAAUAUACAGCAAGUAUAAUAGGAAAAAGGCGAACGUUGGUUGGCGAUUAAAAUAUAUUUUCGCUUAUCCCGUGUCCGUUACGACCUUACUCUUCUGAAAUUUCGACGUUUUGAGGGUAUUCGCAAAUCUCAAGCCACAAGUAUUGGUCAUGUGCCAAUACAAAUGAAGUUAGAUUUGUGGCAACUCAGAAUCAUUAAAAGCUUUGCAAUAGACAAGCUGACACCGUUAGCAAAAUAAUCUAGUAAAGUAGGUAUUUUAAUCAAAUCAAAGAUAUAUAUUAUAUUAGUCUCAUGUCAAGUUAAAAACUAAUUUACGAGUGACGUCAUUUGUGGCUAGUUGCGUGUCCGGAAAACGGUGAGUUCGGAUUUUGGCCCCAAAUGACGUCACACGAAAUUAAUUUACCUUUAAGCUAGUUUUAGUGGUUUGCGGGGCGAUUUUAAAAACGAUCGCCUGGCCGGUUCCCUGUCACCGGUAAAAUUAAAAAUGAUAAAUCAUAUCCCGCAAAACGUUUUUUUUUUCAAUUGUUCUCAUAAAAAAAAUCUUAAAACGAUAGUAUUAGGUAAUUAUAUAAUAGUUGAUAAAUUUAUUUGAAUAAUUCCGAAUCUAUAGUUGUUAUAGUUAUCACGUAAUAAUGUAAUCUAUGUAAUAAAGAUCUAAGUCGAUAUUCUUAUACAAUUAAUCUUUAAGUAAAAUGAAAAUGUAUAAAAAAUGAGAGAAUUAAAUGAUAUCGUGUCGUGAA